AUGAAGGCCUACAUACACAAAAUGAAAAAGGAAAUCCAAGAAUAUAAGCUGAGAGAAAUGAACCACAAAAUUGAAAUUAAGUAUUUGAGGAGGAAGAUAGAGAGGCUAAAGGGGAUUAUACAAAAUGAUCACUUUUUUUUAAGUCACCAGAGGGGGGCUUCCCAGCGAAGUCAUCAGCGAGGAGCUUCCCUGCGAAGUCAUCAGCAAGGAACUUCCCUGCGUAGUCACCAGCGAAGAGCUUCCCUGCGAAGCCAGCAAAGUGGGUCCUCCUUCAAAAGUGGCAUGAACGAGGUGCAUUCAGACGAUGGGAAGCAUUCCGGGUGGUACCGACGGGGCAACGUUUCGGAGGGGAAUUACCACCGCAGGGGGUUUUCACAGAAGUAUGACGGUGUUCACCACGAUCGUGACCGCAGCGGCAAUCUCAACCGCAGCCGCAACCGCAAUCAAAGCCGCUUUUAUGGGGACCACCUUUCUGAGGCUAAAUUUUCUAACGUGUCUAUGAGAAGCAUCAACGCGAGCAUUCACAACAACAAGCGAAUGAAUGUGCGGAAUUUCACUGGCAGGUACAGUGACAUAUGCAGAAGGAGUGAUUACAGUCAAGUGGUUCCCUCCGGGAAAGGACCAUCGGCUAAUAAUGCUACGAGUGGAAAUGUGGGCCGAUCGAACAAGCUGAAAAACUAUGUGAGAGACCACCCCGUUCACCCCUUCCCUAUGCCGAUGAAGGUAAAAAAUGAAAAAGCAUGUGAAGAUCGCAUGGGGGUGGCCAUAAGAAGAGGUCCCGAUUCUUUUCGCUCCAAUAGAAGCUGCUCCUGUACAUCCAAAUUCAAGCUGAAGAGUCACCUCAUUUCGAAUAGCAACCAUAUGCGUAACAUGUCAACGGAUAUAAACACUACCAUUGCUAAGGGUAUAAAAAGUUACUACAGCUCCAAGCAGAGCAUCCUCUCCGGCACCAGUCAGCAACCGUUUGGUCGCAACCUGUCUUCUUUUAAGAAAAGACCCAGUGGAAGGAAGGGCGUCGAAGCGAAAGCAGAUUCGUUGGGCAAUCACUUGAGUGUAGAAAAGCUUAGCAAAUUAACUCCAAGAGAAAUUAAAAAAAAAAUCAACUGCGAUUUGUUUGAUUAUGCUCACCAUCAGAGGGUCCUAAGCAAAAAGUACACCUCACCUUAUGCGUUUAAACGGGAGACACGUGUGAACCGGGUGGCCACUAGCUGUGGAAAGGCCACUCAACGGAGCGCUUCCCAGGGGAACGCGGGGGAAGAGAGCGGCACCGGGGAGCAGAUCGACACCGGGGAACAGAGCGACAGCGGGGACUCCAUUAAGAGGGUCAAACUGUACUUGGACCAGCACAGGAAGAAGGGGAACCCGCCAACCGCGGCGCCCACCACUAUGCCUGCCGCUAUACCUGCCGCUAUACCCACUGGUGCGAAGAAGCAUGAGGGGGCAUCAGCGAGGGGACGGGCCGAAGCAGUCACCACUGGAGCCGUCCUAAUCCCCAAGGGGGGAAAACAAAACGAGGAAAAUUCGAACGCCAAGGGGAACCACACGAAGUCACGAGAUGGAACCCAGUUGAAAACAAGCGAAACGAAGCAGCGACAAAACGAGGUAGCCAGCAUCAAGAAAAGCAUUGAUGUGGACAUAAAGCAAAAUUUUAAAAAGGAGUUGGAGGAGCUAAAGAGGAGGAAAGACAUCCUGGUGUCCAAGCGAAGUGACUACUGCGACCUGUCCUUCGGCAGUACCAGCAGCAGUGAUGGCGGCCGUGAUCGAAGCCGCGGUGGCGGGAGGGCCAGUGAUCGGGUGGGGGACCCAGGCAAAGGGGCGGCGCAGUGCAAAGCGGUGAACAACCCUCUGAAAGAAUCGACCAUCCUAAACAUCUCCUUCAAUGACCUUGAUAAGCGAAUAAGCAACUUGAAGAAUUAUUUGAAGAAUACAAACGGGUGA